CGUUCUUCCAAGUCUCUCGAUGGACACAUCUGCUGCGAAACCUGAGGCGACAUCGGUCCAAAGUGAGCUUCCCAAUGCGGAAGCUCGUGCAAACCUGCAGCUCUUCGCCAACGCCAAAGUGUCGCUCGAUGCGCUCAGCGCUGCGUUUGAAAGCCUCCAUGGGCAGACCAUGCAAAUGGCCGCAGUGAAUGGUUCGGCUGGUUCGAAGGAGCUCACCGAGUCCGUCGUCUGGUUUCGUCAAGAAAUCAGCGAGCAAGAGCAGCGCCACAAGGAAGGAUUGGACGAGAUCCAACGCAUCAUCGAUGAUCUUCUCGACAAGCAAGUCGUCGAGCAAAUGCGAGAUCAAGUGGAGCAAGAGAUAAACGAGCACAUUGAUGAGAUGGUCAAGGACUGCCUCGGAGAGUGUUUGAAGGCUCAUAUCCCCAAGGACCUCCAGGAAGAGGUGGAGGACAGCAAGCGCGAGCUCGAACGCGCCAGGCUUGCCCUCUACAAUUCUGAGAGCCGCCGUAUGAAUAGCAAGCUUCGCUCUGACAAGCCGGAUGAACCCUUAGACGCGCUUGUUAUGUCCAAUGGAUCUGUUAGCGCCCACUUCCCUAAGGAUUUGCAAGGACUGUUCACCCUAGACGCGGAGACCUGUAAGACCCUAGUUCAGGAAUAUGGAUUGCCGGAAGUGUCGGAUUCCAGGGACAAGAACCUCAACAGAUUCAUGCAAUUCUGCGGGGUCAGGUACCAAUUGGUGGAAUGCUCUGUCUAGUCUGUCCCUCUUUUCAGCUUCUAAUUGCGCUUCGUCGAGCCCAGGUCCGCAAAGCUGACUCCCAGAAUCAUGACGAGAAUGUCAGGCCCUUUUGUUGAAAUGCACGCACGCUUUCACCUUGCUGUUUCCCAUCCACUAUAUCGGUUUCGCUUUCCCAGAAAACAGAAAUUCCCCAAAAC